UUUAAUCAAGCUAGUGAACUAUUAAAAAAAUAAGAAAACGUAAAAGCGUCAUCAAGUAUUCAACAUGGUUGGAUUUAAUAUAAAUUCAUUUAUUAAUCAAGAACACAAUGAUAACUCUAACAUUCAUACAGAAUUUCAAUCUUCAGAGUUGCAAAAAUGUAGCACCUCAGUUCAAUAUAAAUCCAAUUUGAGUGCCUUAAAAACAAGUUCUGUUAAUUCAUUUUGUUUGUCAAAAAAUUAUAGAAACUAUAAAUGUUUAAUUUGUCAAAAAGUAUUCAGUCAGAGAAGUAUAUACCAAACUCAUUUACGAACACAUGGGCAGAAUAUUGACCCAUAUCGUUGUAAUAUUUGUGAAAAAUCAUUUGCUGUUCCAGCUCGAUUAACACGUCAUUAUCGUACUCAUACUGGAGAAAAACCUUAUCAGUGCGAAUACUGUAAUAAAUCUUUUUCGGUGAAAGAAAAUCUUAGCGUUCAUCGUCGAAUCCAUACUAAAGAAAGACCUUACAAAUGCGACGUUUGUGAUAGCGCUUUUGAACAUAGUGGUAAACUUCAUCGGCAUAUGAGGAUUCAUACAGGUGAACGGCCACAUAAAUGUUCUCUUUGUAGUAAGACAUUUAUUCAAAGUGGACAGUUAGUUAUUCAUAUGCGUACUCAUACGGGUGAAAAACCUUAUAUUUGUAAAUCCUGUGGAAAAGGAUUUACUUGUUCUAAACAACUGAAAGUGCAUACUCGUACUCAUACAGGUGAAAAGCCAUACAAAUGUGAUAUUUGUGGUAAAUCAUUUGGAUAUAACCAUGUUUUAAAGCUUCAUCAAGUAGCUCAUUACGGAGAAAAAUUUUAUAAGUGCACACUUUGCGAAGAGACUUUUAAUUCUAAAAAGUUAAUGGAAAUACAUAUAAAAUUUCAUUCAAAUAUGUUAACUAAUAAUUCGAACUCAACUGAACUUAUUUUUGAUAAUAUAAAAACUAUUGAAAAUAAUAAAAUCUUAGUAAUUGGAAAUAAAAAAGAAAAUAGAAAAGUAAGAAAUACGGAUUUAUUAAAGUCUAUUGAAACAAGAAAUAAAAAUGAAACAUCAAAUAAUGUAAUUUAUCCUAUAUUUCAACAUCGAAAUGAAGCAAAUCAUCAAAAAAAGCCAAAUAUUGUUAAUAAUCAAUCUUGUUUAUCAAUAAGCAGAAAUUUAAUUAUAUCAAAACAUAUUAAUAAUAUAGGUACAGAAGUAAAACAUAUUCAAGAUGUAGCAACAAAAAAUAAUAAAUCUAAUCAUCAGUAUUUUUUUACUGAUCUCAAUCCAGUUAAGUCAUGCAUAUAUGAAAUUGAAGCAAAUAAUUUUUUUUCCAAAGAAUAUUUGCCAACCUUUUGUUUAUCAAAUAAUCAUCAAGAUAAAAGGGUAGAAACCGAUGUAAAAAUAAUUGGAGAGAAACAAGCUACUAAUAACGAAUUGGAAAACCACGAGAAUUUUACUUCGCCAAUAUAUACAAAUCAUUUUAAUCUAGUGAUACCUAAUGCAAGAGAUAAUUUUAGUCUACCUCCCCGUAAAAGAUGUAAAAUGAUUUUAGAAUCAAUGAAGACACAAAAGAUCGAAUUGACACGAUUUUAGAAGUAAAUCGAGAUACAUUUAGAAUUAUAACUGUUACCUGCUCAGUAAGAUCAUCGUACUUGAUUAUAAAUUAUCUUUAUUUCACUAAUAAAAGUGUUAUUGCAUACGAUAUAACAUUUUGUUCUUUUAGAUAGCGGUAAGAUAUUUGGAAAUCAUUAUAUUUAAAAAGGAGAUAUCAAAUUAAUAGAAUGCACUUUGAAAAAAAAAUCAGUG